AUGCAGAUUCCAUGGGUCUAUCCGGUGCGGAUCGCACAGGCCAUCCUCGGGUUGAUUGUACUCGGGUUGACCGCAUAUGUGGUUGACUCCUUUCGCGAUGAAUGGGCUUUCUCGGACACGGUCAACUUCAUGCUGUUCCUGGGGUGUUGGACCGCCUUGAUUGCAGUCCCUUAUCUCGCCACCGCGUCGAUGUGGUUCCGUAUUGCGCAUCACCUGGUUAUACCUGCGAUCGAGAUCAUCACGAUGAUCUUCUGGUUUGCGGGCUUCAUCACCAUGGGCGCUGUACUGCCUCCGCCACGGGCCUGUCGGUGGAGUACUUGUCGCGCCCUUCAGGCCACCACCGUCUUUGGAUCAUUUGAAUGGGUACUGUUUGCCGUGACAUGUUAUUUCUCGAUCAUCGACCUGAGGAAUCACGGGAACACGAAACAACAUAGUAAUGCGCAUCUCGGGGUUUGA